AUGGCCGACCUAUACCCCUUCAAGGAUAAGGUUAUCGCAAUCACUGGAGCAAGCCGAGGGACCGGCCUGGCCACGGCCCGCUACCUCCUCCUGCGCGGGGCCAAGGUGUCCAUGUGUGCCACGAGCGCAGAAAAUCUCCAAAAGGCAGUGGUAGGGAUCGAAGAGGAUAUUUUAAAUGUCCAGGACCGCAUCACGACCCACGUCGUGGACGUUUGCAAGCCCAAGGAGGUCAAGGCGUGA